CGACGCGGCGGCGAUGGCGCGGCCACAAACGCUACCGACACCCGCUGGCGCCCGCCGCCGCCGCGCGACUUCAGACUGAAACCAGCCAAUCAAAGCGCAGCGCGCCAAUAUCGCAGCGGCGUCACUCGCGCCGGGCACCCCGGCCCCGCACCUCAGUCGCCGCGGGAACGUCGCCCGCGCACAACGUCAUAAUGGCGUCUACAACGCUAACUACCGAGUUUAAUAAAAAACUAAUAUCUCUAAUCAGAGGUCAUCCUGUGCUGUAUAAUAAGAUGACAGUUGGAAGUGUCAAACAAAGAGAACGUAUCUGGGAAGAGAUAGGCAAUCAGAUGGAAUGUGAUGUGCACGAGGUUAAAAAACGAUGGAAAAAUAUUCGAGAUAACUACCAUAGGAAUAGGAAAUAUGUUAUAUGUACAGGAUUGGCCAAAAGAAAAUAUGAACCAUCAGAAAAUUUGAAAGGAGACUUAGAUUUUCUUGAAUUUGCAGAUACACGUAGGGUUAAAAAAAAUAAGAAAAAGAAUAAAUCAAUUGAGACCGAAAUUUCCAUGGACAGUGAAGAAUUAAGAAGAAUUAUGAAAGAAGAUUUAUCUGAAGAUAAAAACUCAGGAGAAGUAGCAUUAACUGUAACAGACAUAGAUAAAUAUAUGCAAUACCGAAACAGUAAUACCAAGAAUACUAUGACUUUGCCAGAACCUGAAUCUACUAACUCCAUUUCAGAUUCUGGAACCUUUAAAGACAAUAAAAUAACAACAAGUAAAUCAUUUGACUGCAUCAAAAUUAAGCCAGAGUUUAGUGACGGCGAUAAUGAAUUUGAUACCACAGAAACUGAGGUUAUGCAGGUAAACCAAAUAAGUAAUCUGCCACUAAAUGACGAGGAAUUUAACAAUGAUACAUUACGUAUUUUACCUCUAGGGCAAGACAAAAAAUUAACCCCAGAAAUCAUUGAUGUGCGAUCUUGUGCUUCCAAUCAUGAAAUGGAAAGUAAUAUCCAGCUGGUUAAUAUAGUACAUAACAAUGAAUCAAUACAUAUUUCACAUCCAGGGAAAUCUCAUGUAUCCAAGAAUGAUAUUGAUAUUGACAAUAAUCAGGAUGAUAUUAUAAAAAGAAUAACUAUAAGGAACGAUCAGAAAAAUCUUGUUAAAAUGAUGAAAAUGGUCUUAAAACAAAAUAAGAUACUCAAAAAUAGAUUAGCAAACAAAACAAAAAAGAAAAAUACUCCGACACAUUCUUUUUUCAGCUCUAUGGCUGAUAUUGUUAGCAAUUUCCCUGCAGAAACUGUAGCUGAUGUUCGAAUGAAAAUAUGCACUAUAGUUACAAGCGCAGAGCUUACUUGUAUGAAUAACCGCUAAACACAUUUAAAUUAAAAGUACCUAAGUAUAUGUAUCAGACUGUAAGUUUGAUUUUGACCUUGUUAAUCAGUGAUAAUAGUACAUAUCUAAGAAGAUUUGAUUUGCGUUUGUUAUGUUUAAUUCUCAAUUCAUUAAAUAAAACUUUAAAUUCCA